UUCACCAUAAUGACUAUAAUUACUGUAUCAUGAUUAACCAUUUAACCAAAUUAAUAUAGGAGCUCAUUCAAACAGCAUAAGCAGCUUUCACAAUCUUCUUGUCAUUUGUUUUUUUUGUGAUAUGUUUUGCUAUAAUAAUUGUAGAAUUCUUUAAGUGAUGGAGGCCUUAACUCCUAAAACUUGACGCUUAUAUAUUUCGUUUUUUUCCUUCUUGAAAAUUAUUUUAGAAAGCCACUGGUUAGAAAAAAACAUCAUUUUUAAAGUACAUAUUCAUGAACUUUCUUGGCUUUGAUUUUCUGCUUCAGUAAGAAGCUAAAAUUUGUCAGAACAAUCAUUUGAUGCUCUAAAAUGGUAUGAUCCUAUAUAAUAAAAUGCAUUUUUGCUUGACUUUUGCUAACAAAAACAUACUUUUUGCAAAGUAUUUUAACACGUGCAUUUCUAUAGUCUUUGGACACAGACAUUAGGUUAACAUUCCGAUAUAAAGGUGCUUUUCGCCACGAGUGUAGCCUAUAAUUGUAAAUACAAACGCAUGUUUUGACGGAAAUAUUCCGUUCUGUCAUGCAUGGUUGUGUAAUAAAUUAAAUAUGAAUUUCAUACAUGCACACAGCCAUAUCAUAUAUCUCGGACACGUACUUCCGGUGAUAGAGGAAGUACCCGCUGCACGUCCAUUAAAAGCAGAAUUCAUGGCUUUUGUAUAAAAUACUGGCAAAUAUAGAAGAACCGCGGACAAAUUAGGAGUUUGCAUUGACAAAUGAUGCUUGAUAUCGAACAGAGAGGCAGCGAGCACCGUGCGUGAGCGGACAUUGGAGUUGAUUCUCCCGUAUGAAGGGGAGGAGGCUCAACAUGGAGGAUUGCUUGCACACUUCCUCUGACAGCCUGGCUAAACUGGUGAAAUGGGCCCACAGUCACGGGACAAUCUGCACCUUGAUCCCCAACCUCAAACACAUGUUAAACGAGGGCUCUCACGGGACCCUCACGGCCCUGUGGGGCUGCAGCGCCGGGCACGCCUACCACUGGCCCCUUAACACCACCUGCAAAAAGACAAACAAAGAACGCAACCAAGAAAGCCGAAGCAUCAACACAGACAGCAUGAUCCAGGCGGUCGCCGUCAUGCAGAAUACCUCAGAGCGCUUCCUCGGCAGCGCCGCGAAAAACAAGGGCGAUUCCAGUCAGAUCCACGACUCCUGCGACAUCUCCAACUGCAGCGAACCGUCCGAGAUGGACGACAACGGCGAGGAGUACAACAGCCACCUGUACGACAUCGUCUGCGAGUCCUCGGCUACCGACGAAGACGGCGACUCCGAGUUCAAUCACGCCUCAAAUAUCACGCCCAGGAAAAGAUCGGGAACCGAGGACAGCACUGACCCGGCGUUGAAGAAAAUCAAACAAGAGAGAGGCGAAGACUAUUACAGUGUGGCCAACCCUCAGAUGCCCAGCAGCUCGGAUGGGAACCACUCUACUGGAGGCAUUACGCAAUCGCCCAAACACAGCGUCCAGAACAGACCAUCAUCCAGGUCUUCGAUGUCCCAGAAGCCUUGCUCAGUAGAUGGGGACUCCAUGGCGGUGUCCUCGUCACCGCUGGACAGCUCCCCUUCGUCCAUGAUCAAACCCCUGCGUGCGCCUUUCCACGUUACCCAGAACAAAAUGCAGGUGAACUCGAACCCAGCUUGCAGUCAGGGUGUGGCGACCUUGCCCCAUUCGGGAAGGAUUGACGCUAUGGGGGUGUUGCACAGGGACGAGUAUCCCAGGUCUUCUUUGUCUUACGGAGAGGCUUCAAUGGGUGUGAACCCUGAGAUGGAUCUUCUAGCAGCACAAGCACUUAAUACAGAAACUCGAGUGGACAACACAGACAUGGAUGCAUACCGAGAACAGAAUGAGAAGACCAUUCGCAGCACCCAAACAGCUCUUCGCAACUUUCGGGACUUCCUGGUUUCUAAGUAUCCAACCGAGGCCAGAGAGAUAUACUUCAUCCCCUGCCAAGAGUUGGACAUCUACUUGGCCUCCUUCUUCGUGGAUGCACGCCAAAGGGAUGGCUCGGAGUAUGAGCCCAACAGCCUGGCCAACUACCAGUGUGGCCUGGAGCGUUAUCUGAAGGAGCAUCACUAUGCUUACAGCAUUACAAGAGACCGGGAGUUCCAGAGAUCCCAGGAUGCCCUCAAGCAAAAGCAGUUGGAGCUCAAGUUCAAAGGCAAAGGCAACAAACCCCACAAGUCAAUGAAGCUGACCUUUGCUGAUGAGUUGCUCCUAAGGAAACGGGGGCUUCUGAGUCGCUUCAACCCUGAGGGUCUGCUUAACCUGGUGUGGCUCAACAACACCAAGGCUUUUGGCCACUGUACAGGCUUCCAUAGCUCCACACUCAAAUGGGGUGACGUGCGCUUACUCACCACAGAAACAGGACUAGAGUGUCUGGAGUGGACCUACCAGGAUUUUACUGACCCUAAUGCCAGAAACCGAAGGUCCACGACCGAGUACCGCAUCUACGCUACCCCGCAUGCUCCUCAAACCUGCCCUGUGCAGGACUACAAGGAAUAUGCUCAGCGCAGACCUCAAGCAAUGCUCUUUGAAGAUGCGCCCUUUUAUCUGUCCAUCAAGCCAGUGGUCAACCUCGCUGCCCUGCACUGGUACAACUGCCAAGCUCUGGGAAAGAACAAAUUAGCAAAGAUGGUGAAGACCAUGUGUGAGAAAGGCAACAUUCCAGGGAGAAAGACCAAUUUCAGCGUUUACCAGAGUUGCAGCUCCUUGUCCGAGGCCCAGAGCAAUCAGCUAGUCCUGAUCUGCAAUGACCUCAGGCAACAAGCCGUCCAGUCAGGGAGUUCCCAUCCUGGCAGCACCAACUUUGUCAUUGCUGGUUCUUUUGACUCUACUGACUCUGCUUAAAGCUGAAGUGUAAUUUUUGAGCCACUAGUAGCACCAAACCAAUCUGCUGUUUCCAAGCAAGUUUCCCAAACACUUCUUCCGUCUUCCAUUUUUGGACAAGCAGGUAGUCCCGACCCAAAUGCAUGGCAUUCGUUGAACAAGAAGUUUAUGUUUUGGACAGCUUAAACCAAUGAGCCAAGGUUCGGGCGAUUAGGAAGUUUCAGUUAGCCACUGUUGACAGAUGCCUACACCAGGAGUUACCAAAUUUCUGACAUGAAGUGCCAUUUAAAUUUGUUUCCAUUUAAAAUGAGCUGUUUUCUGUUAUCCUUAUAUUUGCCAAGUGACUAUUUGGAGGGCUCUUCAAGCCUCAAAUGAACUUAUAUUUCCCCAGUCUGCUGCCUUUUGUGUCACUCAGGAUAGUCGCUUGUGAAGGGCUUGGGACUAUGCGUGUUCUUGUGGUGCCAUCAGCCAAUCAGUGUUGUCAGCAUGUCUCAAUGU